GAGGGUGGAUGGGGCAACCGGCUCUUGAAAUGCCUCCGGAGACGGAACCCAGGCUCCCAGCGGAAUGCUUGAAGGAAGUAGGACACAGAAAAGGGAAGGUGCCAGUUCUCAAUGAGGUGUACACGCAGCUCUCCGUGUUAACUCCUGAACGUUCUUGACUCCAGUCAGCCACCGUAGGUCCUGCAAACCCCAGUACACUUUCCUAUGGCCUACGGUCCCUCCGCCCGCGGCUCUGCGCUCGCUCACCAACUUGCCAGCCUUUCACACCCACUCCUUCCAUCCAUUCUGUCUCGGCAGCCACUGCCUCCUCGGACCGCGAUUGCGCAUGCGUACUGACGCCCCCACUGGCACAACGUGGGAGGAGGGAGUGGAAAUGAGACUGGGCCCAGCCGCUCGCGAGCACUCCCCGCCCUCCCCUGUGGUCGCUGGGUACGCGGCUUGCGACUACUCCGUGUGGAAGGGCAGCGCGGCUGCGACAGAGGCCACUGCGGGAGGAGCCCAGAGCCCCGCCCCCAGGGAGGGGCGGUCCGCAGGUCUUUCCUCUACCCUCCACGGCCCCAAAUCCAUGCCGGGGAUGCAAUUCCUCAGCAAGGAAGAAAUUUAGCGGUCCAGGCGUCAAUGGACUGAGACUAAACCGAGGCCCUCCUUUAGGUCUCUGGGCCAGCAAGAUGCUGGAACGAGAAACCGAGCCCGCCACUGCAGCCACCGAUCCUAGUCCUGCCGGCAAGGGACUAGUGACCAAAGAAGCUCCCCACCAGGGUUCGUCCAAGAAGCCCCACCAGUCGGCUACAGGGCCUGCUGCAUCCUCGGGGGCGCCGACUCGACCCCGCAGGCGGCCCCCGCCCCAGCGCCCGCACCGCUGCCCCGACUGUGACAAGGCCUUCUCCUAUCCGUCCAAGCUGGCCACGCACCGGUUGGCACACGGAGGCGCCCGCCCUCACCCGUGCCCCGACUGUCCCAAGGCCUUCUCCUACCCCUCCAAGCUGGCAGCCCACCGCCUCACGCACAGCGGCGCCCGCCCACACCCGUGCCCUCACUGCCCAAAGGCCUUUGGCCACCGCUCCAAGCUGGCAGCCCACCUCUGGACCCAUGCGCCCGCCCGCCCCUACCCGUGCCCUGACUGCUCCAAGUCCUUCUGCUACCCCUCCAAACUAGCUGCCCACCGACACACACACCAUGCCACGGACGCCCGCCCCUACCCUUGCCCACACUGUCCCAAGGCUUUUUCAUUCCCCUCCAAACUGGCUGCCCAUCGCCUAUGUCACGACCCCCCCACCGCACCAGGUGGCCAGGCCACCGCCCGGCACCACUGCUCCAGCUGUGGCCAGGCCUUUGGUCAGAGACGCCUCCUGCUCCUUCACCAACGCAGCCACCACCCGGCGGAGAGUCAGGGGGAGCGGGAGUGAGCACGCCCCUGGGCUCACUGGCCCCCUCUGCCGGUGGCCCGAGGAAAUAAAGAGGUGGUUCUAAACCGGGCGGCACGGACUUGCCUCUUCUAGUUGACUGCGAGGUUGGCGCCUCACACUGCGCUGACUUAAAGGGCGAAGAAACUCUUUGCUCACCCGUUUGGGGGAAGGGAAGGUGUCACCCACUGGGAGCUAAUCCGCCCCAGCAUGGCCCUGGAGCUGUGGUGUGAACAAAUUGGUUCUGGUUGUUCCCAACUAUUGAUUUGGCAAAGGUAAGAAGUCUGCUCGCACCGUGAGUUGGUGAGGAGUGCGGGGAAACAGGCUCUGUCCUUAAGUUAACUGGUGCCUCUGUGUUGGCCAUUUGACUGUAUCUGUAAAAUACUGAAACACACACAUGCUCGUGUCAACUAUCCCACUUCUAGGAAUUUAUCGUAUAAAUGCAAGUGCGUGAGCAAGGCACGAGGGCAAGGACGUUCACUGCAGCACGGUGGCUAUGCCUAAAGGGGGGGAGCAACCUGAGUGUUCGUCACCAGACCAGCUAGUAAAUGACAGCACCACCGCAGAGUGGAAGGUGUAGCUGUAGGAAAAAAAGUCAGCACUACAGGUACCAGCAUGGAAAGAUUCCUAACAUAAAUGAUAAAAACCAAGAACAAGGGUUAUAUUACUGAGAGUAUAAAAACAUAAGUAAAGCCCAAGUUUUGGAGCCAGCCCUGAUCCACUAGGUACUGCCCAGGGGCCCUGGACAACCUUUGUCUCGUCUCUGGACUCAGAAGCCGUAUCUGUGAAACGGAAGUGUUACCUGUAACAAGGCCCAUGUCGGGGUGCAAGCAUCACCAUCUCAGGCAAAGUCAGUGUCCUCCUUGGGGCCAGGUUCUCCCACUCUAAAAUCAGAUGAUCAAGCUAACAUUGGACUGCUCUUCGUUCUACACAUGAGCACCUAAUGCGUCCUAGGACCUGCACAGGGUGUUGGGAACACAGCAGGAAACAUGGCAGACCUGGUCUAGUGAAGGAAGUGGGCAAUAACCAAGUAGUGGUGGGGGCAGGGGGGAGGGAAGAGGCCAAGUCCAUUUUGAAUAACAAGUAGGUGACCCUUGGUCCUGACGUGUGACAACCCCACCCCCUGUAGACCAGGGUUGGCAAAUUUUCUGGAAAGGGCCAGAUAGUACGUAUUCUUGGGUUUUGCAGGCUAUACAGUGUCUGCCACAACCACAGCGUAAAAGUAGCCACACAUGAUACAUUAGUGAAUUCGUGGCUGGGUUCCAAUAAAACUUUAUUUACAAAAAUAGCAGGUGGGCUGGAUUUUCCCCAUGGGCUACAGCUUGCCAACCCCCAUUGUAGAUGAGUGGAGAAAGGACAGACUAAUCUGUGAGCUGAGAUGGGAAAAAAUGAAGUGGGACCCUGUGGUGGGCAGAAUGGUCCCCCUAAAUUGUCCUCAUCCUAAUCCCCAGAAUCUGUGUGUUAGCUUACACAUGGCAGAAUGGACUUCACAGAUGUGAUUAUGGAUUUUGAGGUGGGAAGAUUAUCCUGAUUACUCCAGUGGGCCCAGUGUAACCACAGAAUCCCUCAGAUGGGAAAGGGAAAAAAUGGGUAAGAUGUAUCAUGGAAGUGGAGACUGGAGUGAUGUGGGGCCACGAGCCAAGGAAUUACGGGAUUCGGCAGCUUCUAGAGGCUAAAACUGUCAAGAAAACGAUUCUCCCUUAGAGCCUCUAGAAGGAACCCCGGCCUGCCGCCACCUUGACUUUAGCCCACGGACUGACUUUGGACUGCCGACCUCCAGAACUGUAAGGAAAUAAAUGUGUAUUGUUUAAAGCCA